AAAGCGCGGCCGGGGGGCGGCAGCAGGUCUCUGCGUCGGAGUUGCCGGUCUGCCCCCACGCAAUUCAGGGCCCGCGCUUCCACCAGCUCCGCAGCCGGCAUCAUGCGCGAGAUCGUGCACAUCCAGGCGGGCCAGUGCGGCAACCAGAUCGGCGCCAAGUUUUGGGAGGUCAUCAGCGACGAGCACGGCAUCGACCCCACUGGCAGUUACCACGGCGACAGCGACUUGCAGCUGGAGAGGAUCAACGUGUACUACAACGAAGCCGCUGGUAACAAGUAUGUGCCCCGGGCCAUCCUGGUGGAUCUGGAGCCGGGCACCAUGGACUCGGUCAGGUCUGGACCCUUCGGCCAGAUCUUCAGGCCCGACAACUUUGUGUUCGGCCAGAGCGGUGCCGGCAACAACUGGGCCAAGGGCCACUACACGGAGGGCGCCGAGCUGGUGGACUCGGUCCUGGACGUGGUCAGGAAGGAGUCAGAGAGCUGUGACUGCCUGCAGGGCUUCCAGCUGACCCACUCGCUGGGGGGCGGCACGGGCUCCGGGAUGGGCACCCUGCUCAUCAGCAAGAUCCGCGAGGAGUACCCCGACCGCAUCAUGAACACCUUCAGCGUCAUGCCCUCGCCCAAGGUCUCGGACACGGUGGUCGAGCCCUACAACGCCACCCUCUCCGUGCACCAGCUGGUGGAGAACACGGACGAGACCUAUUCCAUUGACAACGAGGCCCUGUACGACAUCUGCUUCCGCACCCUGAAGCUGACCACGCCCACCUACGGGGACCUCAACCACCUGGUGUCGGCCACCAUGAGCGGCGUCACCACGUGCCUGCGCUUCCCGGGCCAGCUCAACGCCGACCUGCGCAAGCUGGCCGUGAACAUGGUGCCCUUCCCGCGCCUGCACUUCUUCAUGCCCGGCUUCGCGCCGCUGACCAGCCGCGGCAGCCAGCAGUACCGCGCGCUGACGGUGCCCGAGCUCACGCAGCAGAUGUUCGACUCCAAGAACAUGAUGGCCGCCUGCGACCCGCGCCACGGCCGCUACCUGACGGUGGCCGCCAUCUUCCGCGGCCGCAUGUCCAUGAAGGAGGUGGACGAGCAGAUGCUCAACGUGCAGAACAAGAACAGCAGCUACUUCGUGGAGUGGAUCCCCAACAACGUCAAGACGGCCGUGUGCGACAUCCCGCCGCGCGGCCUCAAGAUGUCGGCCACCUUCAUCGGCAACAGCACGGCCAUCCAGGAGCUGUUCAAGCGCAUCUCGGAGCAGUUCACGGCCAUGUUCCGGCGCAAGGCCUUCCUGCACUGGUACACGGGCGAGGGCAUGGACGAGAUGGAGUUCACCGAGGCCGAGAGCAACAUGAACGACCUGGUGUCCGAGUACCAGCAGUACCAGGACGCCACGGCCGACGAGCAGGGCGAGUUCGAGGAGGAGGAGGGCGAGGACGAGGCCUGAGACCGUCCCGAGCGAGGGGCGCACCCUUGGCGACCCCGCGCCGUCCUCCGUCGCGCAUGGUCCUCCUCUCCGUACACGAUGGUGCUCAGUUUUGCCUCCGUCAGUUCACACUGUUGUGAUCGCGUGGACGCUCCGGGAGUUACAGUGUUGUCUGAGAUACCUAUCCUAAUAAAACGCAUGUGUCCGAAA